AUGCGUCUGCACACUAAAUGCUUGGCAAUCACAGUCAUCAUGUCAGCUAUUGCCAUUUUCAUCCUCACUAAAUCAAUCAAUGUGCUAAGAGGGAUUCCGCGGGACUCAGACGCGGCAACAUGCAACAUUACGAACAUGGAUCCAGUCGAGAGCGUUGCCGCAGCUAAACUCCUCUUCUCGCCCAACAUGACCCUCGAGGAUAUUGACAAGUUGGCUGCGGAAUUCGCGAGUCGCGUGGUCUGUAGCCCCGACAGGCCACGCAGUGACCGCGAGAAACUCAUCAUAAUUGUGCCUUACCGCGAUCGGAAGCGGGAUUUGCUUGCAUUUCUCUUGCACAUGACACCUUACCUGAAGAUCAAGGACGUUCAGUAUGAGAUUUUGGUGGCAGAACAACAUGGCUCAAGGCCGUUCAAUAGGGCGAAGCUCUUCAACGCGGCAUUAUCGGAGAUAUUUAAAGCCAACGUGAACGAUCGAUUGGCUGGAGGCGACUGCUACGCCUUCCACGACGUGGAUAAAUUACCAAUGCUCAUGACAACACCCUAUAAGUGCCUCUUCCGACCACAUCAACUCCUCAGAUACGUAAAAUACAAAAAUGGAGGUAAAAUAAUGUACGACACGCUGCUGGGAGGCGUAACUCUGUUCAGACGGCCUCACAUCGAGGCGAUGAAUGGCGCGUCGAACUCCUUCGAGGGCUGGGGUGGUGAGGACGACGAUCUAUACAACCGGGUGCGUUUCAUCCACUUCCAGCCCAGGCGAGUGCCGUACGCCGAUGGACUGUUCUACGAGGAAGACGGCGACAGCCAUGUGCGGCACAAAUCUCCCCGGAGAUUCGAAAUCCUCGCUGAAAGCAGUCCCCAGAGGAUGGAGCUGGAUGGACUGCGACAGGUGACAUACAGCCUAAAUCGUCGGAGAGACUACAAAAAUUUUAUUUGGAUGUAUUUUAUUAUCUAG